AUGGCAACAGAAACAGAUUGCGCUGUUCCAAGAAGCCGCUAUGGCCCCAGACACCGAAGACUCCUUACGAAAACGAAUCACGUCGAAACGACCACAUCUUCACCUCGACAAAGUCUCGUCUACUCUACGAAGGCUUCGAGGUUAGCUUGGGCCCGGUUUUUGGUGCGAGAUCGUCGUCCUGAGCGACAUUUUCAAUACCACUCACCAUGCCGUUCUACUGUCCCCCCGGAAAACAAAUCACAAUCGGCAAGAGGACCACACCUGGCCAGAGAACAAACCCUGCCACCCCUAUGUCGAUCGACCCUUUGCAGUAUCUGUGGGCGAACUUGGCUAUAG